AUGAAAAAACUUUUAUUCCUUCUUGUUGUAUGUCUUCUUAUCUCAAUAACUGAAUCAAAUCGUCAUCGUCGACAAUAUAAUUCAUAUAGACAUAUUCAACAAUAUGGAGAUCAAUAUGGACUUUAUGGACCGGGUGGACAAGGUUGGGUAAACAAUUAUAAUAAUCGUUAUCCAAAUCCAAAUUAUGCUUGGAAUACUAAUUAUAAUUGGAAUCAGGGUCAUCGACGUCCUGAAUGUCAAUUGAAAUCAAAUGCUUUAUAA